AUGCCUGCUACCUCCCACCGCCGGCGCCUCGGCCAUGCCUCGCGCGGGGUGGUUGGCCGCGUCUUUGUGGAGCGUAGCGCACGCAGCGGCGCUCGCCCGUGGUCGCGCUCCCCGCCCGUGCCGCGGCCCUCGCCGGCCGCCGGGGCCCUGGCCCCUUCCUCGCGCUCCCCGCCCGCACCGCGGCCCUCGACGGCGCUCGCGCCGGCCGCCGGCCGCUGGGGUCCUUGCCUGCUCGCUCUCCCCGCCAGCGCCGUGGCCCUCGAUGGCGCUCGCGCUGGCCACCGGCCGCCGUGGCCCUUGCCCGUGCUCGCGCUCCCUGCCAGCGCCGCGGCCCUCGACGGCGCUCGCCCGUGCUCGCGGUCCCUGCCGGCCGCCGUGGCCCUUGCCCGUGCUCACGCUCCCCGCAGCGCUGCGGCCGUCGACGGCGCUCGCCCGUGCUCACGGUCCCUGCUGGCCACCGCGGUCCUCACCCUCGCCCGCGCUCCCGCCGUCCGCGCCCCUCUCGCAGCCGUCGCCUCUGUUCUUUUUUUUUUGUUGUUGUCGCGGCUGAACUCUUAUGGAAGAAGGGGUAAAAACGUCCCAAAAGGACAAGUUUGA